AUGCCGUCGCCAGACCAGCUGCAGCUCCCGAAUCCUGCCGGCCCCAGUGGCCAGGGACAAACCCCCGGCACCGGCAACGGCCCUGGAGUGCCUUCAACGCCAAGUUACUAUGCCUUUGGCUCGUCUACACCACGCCACUAUGCCCGGCCACCGGGUCACCGCAAUUGGCAGCCGGCGUCGUACGCGACUAUGCGCAUGCCGCCGACAGAACAGCCGUUCACGGACGACAUGCAAGACCUCCAGGCCCGGGGCAAGGAUCCGUACGAGUUGACGCGUCGCAACGAGCCCUACUACGAAGACCGCCUGGCGAGCGUGCGUGCCGCCGAGCGCAGGCCCCCCGGCGCCGGCCCUGUCCACCACAUGUCGCCCAACUUUGUGCGCCCGCCGUCGCCCGGGCCCCAGCUGCGGCCGGAAGAGGCGCCGCUCGACAAUUUUGCCAAGCUCGAGCGCCGCCGGCAUGCCACGACGGUGCUGGACAGCCCAGAGCUGCUCAUGAUGUACGCCCAGAGCUUGAACGAUGUGAGUUCCAUCCGUCCGCCAACACCCCUGUCCUCUCCUUCCCCCUCCCCCCCUCUUCCUUGGGUUGAACACUGGCUUACAAACGACCGCCUCUCGCCGUCAGUCCAUCCCCGCGGUGCGCAUGACUUUUAUGCGCAUCAUGUGCGGCUACGACACCGACACGAUGCUGUCGCCGUCGUCGGUAGCGGCCGGCUCGUCGUCCCACGGCCAACACGACCCAACCGGCACGGCCAAGCAGCAGAGGGCUGGCUAUGGCAAGGACGGCGGCAGCAGUCGAUCCGGUCGUAG